UGGACCUUGAGUCUCUGUGCAGACUGAUAAACAAGCUCAGUAUAAAUAGGGAAGGGACAGAAUUCUGCGUAGAGCCAGCGCAGUCUGCAGAGGACAAAGGACAGUGUGAAGCCCAACCAUGUGGAAGGGCUUUGCACUUGCCCUGGCUCUCUGUCUUCUCCCUUGGGGAGGGGCAGAGGGCCAGGGUCACCGCACGCUUUGCACAAAGCCGCCACCAUGGAAGAUAGGAGCGCUGGAUCCCAUGCUGGAUUCAGUCGGAUCUGUUACGGUUGUGGCUCUUCUCCAAGCCAGCUGAUACCUAUGCCUCCUGCAGGCUUCCAGUUUGGAUGAGCUGCGGUUGAAGCUGGAAAAUGAAAGUUACAUCGAUGUUUCCUUCAUUGUCGUCAAUCAUCAAGAUGAACGUUCACGGGCAAAAUACAGUGACCUGCGAUCUAGGGUCUCUGAGCACAUUCCUGUGUAUCAGCAAGAGGAGGGACAGCCGGAUGUCUGGAGUCUACUGAAAGGAAGCAAAAAUGAUUUUCUCAUUUACGAUAGAUGUGGGCGACUGGUUAAACACAUCGUACUCCCUUUUGCAUUCUUGCAAUUCAAUUAUGUUGAGGAUGCAAUAAAGUCAGUGUACUGUGACAGUCCGUGUGCCGAGUGCAAACACCAGAUUACUGAUGACAUAUGCAAGAUCUCAAAGGAGUUGCCAACGCAGGACAAUCCCGGUGAAGAGCUGGCAGAGACAAAGAAACAUCCCCGUCACCAUCAUAAGCACCAUCACCAUAAGCACAAGAGUCAUGGACGCAGUGAGCAGAAAGAGGAGGCCGCCAUGGAGGAACCUAACAGACCACAUGGCCACAGAAAGCAUCACCACCGCGGGGAAGAUUGCCAUAGUCAGCGCAGUGGGCUAGCUGAGCGUACUGAGUUGGGCGAAAGGGUGGGAGGUAUACCUCAGGGAGAAGUUGUCUUUGUUCCACCUAGAGAGGGUGACACCCCAGCUCUAGACAGCAAACUCUGACAAAAGGCCAAGGCCUGAAAGAAGCACUUCCUCUGAGAUUGGGAAGAGGAGUCGGGCAAGGCUUCAAACAGCUGAUGCUGACAUUGCAGACAGCUGUCCUUUGAGACGGCACGGAACGGCAUCACCUGACAGUGUACCCGGGGUCUCCCAGCUUCCUGCACGUGACAGGAACUGCUGUCGGACACCCUCAAGGAAACCUGACAGUGACGUCUGUCCCAGGCUGCAUGACACACAGCAAGUGCGGGCCAGCCUGAUGACAAGCUCCCCUCAGAAACAGAGCACCGUGUUGCUUGAGAAUGAUCAAAGGAGAAGAGUAACUGACAGUGACAGGAACUGUGAAAGCUUCAUCAGUAAGCUGCUAAAAUAUUACAUGUCAGUGCUCCUGAUAUGCAUCCCCGGCAGUAAAGCCACCAGUGCUGUGACAAACCUGAUUUACUGUCUAUAAAUAAGACAGCGUAACAUUAAUACCAUCCACCAGAACAUCCCAGUAACAUCUGCCAGAACAUUAAUAUAAAAAUCAGUGAUCUAGAACAGACUCGUCAGCCUGUGGCUCUCCAGCUGCUGUGGAACCACAAGUCUGGCAAGACAUGCUGGGACUUGUAGUUCCACACCAGCUGAAGAGUCACAAGCUGCCCUUGCCUGAUUUAGAGGGAUGCAUAUUCUGAACACUGUGCGGUAUUUCUGUCUCCUGAGAUCAGCGGGUUACGCUGUUUGGUGCCACGGAGGAGAGCAGUGACCUGCAGUGCAGCUAGCUGCCUGACUCCGAGGCAUCAACCUGAUUAACCCCACGGGCCUGACAUCUAAGCCCCUUACCAUCCUACAACACGUGAAUGCAGCUCAAGUAUUUUGCCUCUCUCGUUCACCUCUUUGAAUUGUGGUUGCAUUAAUGAAGGCCGGAGCAAAAACUACAAAAUAGGGGCUUCUGUUUGAUACUCGCAGUCAUAACAGGAUAGGGAACUAGAGAAGAGAUCCAGCUUUUUACCCGUACUUCAUCUCGUUAUUUUUUUUUUUAGAAACCUUUAUUUUCGUAGUCAACGUUAGUUUCAGCACUCCAGGGAACACUGCUUCUUUGCUCUAACUUUGUAACUAACCAAAAAUCUAUUGACAACAACGGGGUAUAUUAACAAUGCUGUAGAUUUUUGCAAGACGCCUCUUCUCGCCAGGUUUGAGCUCAAAAUUUAAAGCAGCACUAGGUGCAAUUCCUGCCGUGUUUUGUAUUUAACAUUAUUGCCGUUUUAAAUUUUGAGCUCAAACCUGACGAGAAGUUGCUUCUUUAAUAUAACCCCAACAUGUUUUUAAUUCUUAGUGUAACUACUGUUCUUGUGCAGAAGUUGAAUAUUAACAUUACUUUUUUGUUAGUUUGUUACUGUACCUAUUUCACAUUCUAAAUACUAUAUGUUUUGAGAUAUUAGCAGGUUUGUUCAGUCUCUUGUUGUAACAGCAGACGUUGUGAAUCAAUGAAGGUUUAUAGGGAAAUCAACUCCUAGUCAACCUGAACUAACUUUUAUAGCACUGCUGUGAAGCAGGAAUGUUGCAAGUGUCAGUGGACGGAUGGAAAUGUUUAGCAUCUCAAAAUAAGCACAAUAAAAGUUUCAAUAUA